AACAGAACAAUCCCGCCUUUCUGCCACUAGCAUUGAAAAACUCAGACAAAUACUUUAGCACCGUUGGAAGUUCUCGAACAUUCCACACCGGGGAGAGACUACCAUGGCGAAAAACGACAGCGACAACAAAUUCAAGUCGGCAAGGAGAAAACCAUUACGAGAUGUUUCAAACGGCGGGGUCAAAUCAUUAAAAUCGUCUAAGAAAAAGACGAGGUUGAAGAUGUCGGAGGAACUUUCUCAUCCGCAAAUUCAACAAACAAACAAUGCUGACCCACUUGAUCGGUUGCUUUUAGUUCAUUCUGAUAUAUCUUCUCUCCUUCGUCAGAUUGAUGAACUUGUUUUCCAAGCAGUGAAAGUGGAUACAACUGACAAAGAGAGGAUUACAGAAAUCAAAUCCUUCACCGCGGUGUUGUCUGAAAUUCAUUCCUCUCUGAAGCCAUGGGUUCCCAGGCUUCAAAAGGCAAUUGAUGGCUCUCGUUGUGACUCAGAGAUUCAAUUCAGUGACACUUGUGUUGGAGAUCCUGUUGUUCCUGCUCAACGUGAUAUACACACAAUUGAUACUCCCGAGGCCUCUAAGUAUGAGUCACUGGUCUCUCCUUCUCCACUAGUAUCUUGGCGUGCUGCUGGCUGUGUGGAAGAAAGAGGUAAACAACUGUUUUAUCUUACUCCUCUGCCGAGGCACAAAACAACAACUUCCAAAGCUCAUGCUUCAACCAAGCUAACCGUUUGUGAAGAAGAGGUCCCCUCGAGCAGAAAUGGUUUGUUUUCCUCACCUUGUAAUAAUGAAAAAAUUAAUGAUGACAAGGUCUAUGUUUCUGAAAAUAUAGAGAGCAUUUCAGAUAUGCAAUUUGUGUCUGUGGUUGGUGAUAUUUCCUCAAAUUUGAGUACCCCAUAUGUUUUUCAUGAGCCUGUGACAGAGCUUUCCUACAGAAGGAUUGGUAAAUCGCAUAAAUGGACACCAUAUCCAACUGGAAACACAAAUUUGUGUGAUUCAGCAGAUUCUGAGAGCUCUAGUGGUGACGUUGAAGAGAAGUUGAACUUGAAGUUUUCUGAACUGAUUGGAAUAAAACCCUCGUGCAUGUCAAAUUAUGUGAGCAGAGCAGUAGAAGCUUCACCAGCAUGGAAAACGUCACCACCUAAAUGUUGUACAUUGCUGGAACCACUUGAUGAAAAGCACCCAAAAGAUUAUGCUAGUUCCUUGGAUCAGAAACUGUUCCUUGCUCCAAAGGGAAGCAGGACUGAUAAUUAUAACCUAGAUGAAGAAAACAAGAUAUUUUGUAUGCAAGGGAACGAAAAGAACAUGUUUGUAAAGGUAGAAAGCACUCCUUUGUGGAAGGGAGGGUCAGCAAGCACAAUUCAUAGAGGAAAGAGGCCAGGUGAAAACACUUUGAAGAGGGAGUUGUGGACCAAGUUUGAAGCUGCAUCAAUAAAUGAGUGUCAUCGAAAUUUCCCAGUAUCUAAUGAUAUUUCUAAUAAGAGAUUUCUGGAGAGGUUGGAGGAGGCAUCCUGUGACGAGUCUAAUGAGGAUGCUGAAUUGCUCAUCCAUUAGGUGCACCAACAAAUAAGCAUAUCGACUAAAUCAAAGGACUUUUGGAUUUGUAAAUGGUGGUUUUUGCUAUUGUAAUCCAAGUUCUUAAGCCACCUAAACUCUAUUUUUCAUAUCUUAUUCUUAUCUCUUUAACUAUUUCUUCUGUUUCUAAGUUUAUUGAGGUCUAGAUCAAUAGAUUUUCAUGGAACACUGGAAGUCACUUUUCACUUUGUCUAUCAAAGAAGUUACUCAGCAUAGUUGCACUGAA